UCUGAGAUGAGUGAGUGGCCUUGGAUUCGAUUUGAGGGGAAAUAGCUGUGACCAGGAGGCUGCGAGGGGAAAAAAUAUAAAGAAAUAACGUUUUAUUUAUACAGUAGUUCAGGAGGACCAACAUGGCUUCGGGCGGAGAAUCCAAAAAUGAUGAUCUUUCCACUGCCAUUUUAAAGCAAAAGAACAGACCAAACAGGUUGAUUGUGGAUGAGUCCAUCAAUGAGGACAACAGUGUUGUCUCACUUUCUCAGGCAAAGAUGGAUGAGCUGCAGCUCUUCAGAGGAGACACCGUUUUGCUGAAGGGGAAGAAGAGGAGGGAGACUGUGUGCAUCGUGCUCUCCGAUGACACCUGCUCUGACGAGAAAGUGCGCAUGAAUCGCGUGGUCCGCAACAACCUGAGAGUGCGCCUGGGUGAUGUCAUCAGUAUCCAGCCGUGUCCGGAUGUGAAGUAUGGGAAGCGUAUUCACGUUCUUCCCAUCGAUGACACUGUGGAGGGGAUCACAGGCAACCUGUUUGAGGUGUAUCUCAAGCCAUAUUUCCUGGAAGCCUACAGACCAAUCAGGAAAGGAGAUAUUUUCCUGGUCAGAGGAGGGAUGCGAGCUGUUGAGUUCAAAGUGGUGGAGACAGACCCCAGCCCCUACUGCAUAGUGGCCCCAGACACAGUCAUCCACUGUGAGGGAGAGCCCAUCAAGCGGGAGGAUGAAGAGGAAUCCCUUAAUGAGGUUGGCUACGAUGAUAUUGGAGGAGUUAGGAAGCAGCUGGCCCAGAUCAAAGAAAUGGUGGAACUACCUCUGAGGCACCCUGCUCUUUUCAAGGCCAUUGGUGUGAAGCCUCCACGUGGCAUUCUUCUGUAUGGACCACCUGGAACAGGAAAGACUCUGAUUGCUCGAGCUGUUGCAAAUGAAACUGGAGCAUUCUUCUUUCUCAUCAACGGGCCUGAGAUUAUGAGCAAGCUUGCUGGAGAGUCUGAAAGCAACCUGAGAAAAGCUUUUGAAGAAGCUGAAAAGAAUGCCCCCGCCAUUAUCUUUAUUGAUGAGCUCGAUGCUAUUGCACCAAAAAGAGAAAAGACUCACGGAGAAGUUGAGAGGCGAAUUGUCUCUCAGCUGCUGACUCUCAUGGACGGGCUGAAGCAGAGGGCACAUGUCAUUGUCAUGGCAGCCACCAACAGACCCAACAGCAUUGAUCCAGCCCUCAGGCGAUUUGGCCGUUUUGACAGAGAGGUGGACAUUGGUAUUCCUGAUGCAACAGGACGACUUGAGAUCCUUCAGAUCCACACCAAGAACAUGAAGCUGGCUGACGAUGUUGAUCUUGAGCAGGUUGCCAAUGAGACUCACGGCCACGUGGGAGCCGAUUUGGCAGCCCUGUGCUCAGAGGCUGCAUUGCAGGCCAUCAGAAAGAAAAUGGACCUGAUUGACCUGGAGGAUGAGACCAUUGAUGCUGAGGUCAUGAACUCCCUGGCUGUCACCAUGGAUGACUUCAGGUGGGCCCUGAGUCAGAGCAACCCCUCAGCCUUGCGAGAGACGGUGGUGGAAGUGCCCAAUAUCACCUGGGAGGAUAUUGGUGGUCUGGAGGAUGUCAAGAGAGAGCUGCAGGAGCUUGUACAGUACCCAGUGGAGCAUCCAGACAAAUUCCUCAAGUUUGGCAUGACCCCUUCCAAGGGAGUGCUGUUCUAUGGACCACCUGGCUGUGGUAAAACUCUUUUGGCAAAGGCUAUUGCCAAUGAGUGCCAGGCCAAUUUCAUCUCCAUCAAAGGCCCAGAGCUGCUCACCAUGUGGUUUGGUGAGUCUGAGGCCAACGUCCGAGAGAUUUUUGACAAGGCCCGCCAGGCUGCCCCCUGCGUCCUGUUCUUCGAUGAGCUGGACUCCAUCGCCAAGGCCCGUGGCGGGAACGUCGGGGACGGCGGCGGGGCCGCGGACAGGGUCAUCAACCAGAUCCUGACCGAGAUGGACGGCAUGUCCAGCAAGAAGAAUGUCUUCAUCAUCGGGGCCACCAACAGGCCGGACAUCAUCGACCCUGCCAUCCUGCGACCCGGCCGUCUGGACCAGCUCAUCUACAUCCCACUGCCUGAUGAGAAGUCGCGCAUCGCAAUCCUCAAGGCUAACCUCAGAAAGUCUCCCAUCUCCAAGGAUGUGGAUUUGGAUUUCUUGGCUAAGAUGACCAAUGGCUUCUCAGGAGCUGACCUAACAGAGAUCUGUCAGCGAGCCUGCAAGCUGGCCAUCAGGGAGUCCAUCGAGAAUGAGAUCAGGAGGGAGCGCGAGAGGCAGACCAACCCCUCCGCCAUGGAGGUUGAGGAGGAUGACCCCGUCCCUGAGAUCCGUAAAGACCACUUCGAGGAGGCCAUGCGCUUCGCUCGCCGCUCUGUCAGCGAUAACGACAUCCGCAAAUACGAGAUGUUUGCACAGACCUUGCAGCAGAGCCGAGGCUUUGGCAGCUUCAGAUUCCCCUCCAGUAACCAGGGUGGAGCUGGGCCGAGCCAGGGUUCGGCAGGUGGCAGCGGUGGUAAUGUCUUCAACGAGGACAAUGACGAUGACCUCUAUGGUUAAACUGGACCCAUGUGGUGGACCAAAGGAAUCCAUCCAACCAGGCCAUAUUGUACAAAACGAAGUCCACGUUUCUAAGACUAUAUGCUUCUUAAUGUUCAUUUAAAAAAACAUCUCUCUCCUUACAAAUGGUGGAGAAAGCAUGUAGCUGCUUGUAUUUGCUCUGGUUUGAGAAGAAAAUGAUUCCAGAGCCUGUCAUUAAAUGAAGGGAGUGGAUGGGGGUCAUUUCAGAGAAGAAAUUCUCAGUAGUGGCUUUAUUCUCAACUUUUUAAUUCACAACCUUACAUAUUGAGCCACUUCAGUGGUAAUUAAAAUGCUAGUCUCAAAGGAAGUA